AUGCAAAUUUCAGAUAACAAAAGCGAAAUCAAGAUGACGGAUGCUGCUAGUUUAUCAGUGUCACAGAUAGAAGAAUUGAUUCAAAAGAAAAUAGAUGCCUCUAGUAUUUCAUUAUCUCUCCGAAUACUUGAGGAGAUGGGCAAAGUGAAAUGCACGCUUGACAAAGUCGAAAGUGAGCUUAAGAAAUCUACAACAAACAAUCCUGAUGACGUAAAAGAUGUUAAUAAUGAGAAAAAAUCUGUCCAUGAUACAACAUCUUUUACCUCAAGUUCACUAAAAGAGAGAUCGACAUUAUAUUUGCCUAAUUUUAUGGUAGAAAAGAAAAAGGAGUCUGAUUUAGAGAUUAAAUAUAACCUCGCGAGAAGACUAAAUGCUACUAGAAGGUCUGCUGGAGUCAAAGCUGAACCAGUUCCGUUUUUAAAAAGUGGUGAAAAAGCCGAUUAUCUAAAGGAAGUUUUACCACCAAUUAAUUCAGUCGAAGAAAUUGAUAGGAUAAGCAAGGAUCAAUGCGAAAAGUAUUUAGAAUUGUAUCAUGUAUUUCAUGAUGAGGAGACUGUAUUUGGAUGGAAGGAUAGCUUACGUGAAGCAGUAGGGUUAAACAGUUGGGGAGACUCUAAUUUUGAAUUUUCUGAAUUUAAGUAA